AUGGUUUUGCCCAUUAUUGUAGGUAUAGGAGCAACGGUCAUUGCUCUUGGAGCGAAAGCCAGCAUAAGUGCAUAUAGAAAAUAUCUUCAUUUAACUCCCCAAAUGAUCGCAAGUUUAAAUAACAUAACAUUACACUCUUCCUCUCAGAUCAAUAGAGAUAUACUUAAUGGUAAAAGGCAUAAAGAUGCAGCACAGCAUAUGUUUUUGCUACAAAAUUACCCUAAGUCAGGAUUCGAUGACGAAAUGACAGAACGUGAAGCAUUAUUGAUUUUAGGAAUCGAAGGAGAUGACAUCUUACGAUUCGAUCGAAAGAUGCUAAAAGAUAGAUAUAGAAAAUUAGUAGUAGUAAAUCACCCAGAUAAGCACGGUAGCCAGUAUAUAUCGCAGAAGAUAAACCAGGCUAAAAACGUGUUGGAAAAGAGUUACUUACUAAAGGAUAAGUAG